AUGGCAAGCAUGAAAUUGGAUCAAGUCCCCGUCUAUGCCUCGCAAAUUCGAAAAUCUCUCCAGCCCGACAACCCAGCAGAAGCUUUUAUUGUGACCGAAAUCGGGUCCCCGAUGUUUGGCUCGUUUAACUUGCUCUAUCCAGUGAUUUUCGAGGAUGGGCUCCGCUGGCUCUUGAAAGUUCCUGCGACCGGAACUCCGGAUCAGUUUUCUGAUGCCGAUGCCGAGUCUCUGAGGUCGGAAGCCUUGACAAUGCGUCUACUGCGCAAGGAGACAAUCAUCCCGCUCCCUGACGUCUUUGCUUUCGAAAACUCAUGCGAAAAUCAAGUCAACUGCCCAUUCAUUCUCAUCAGCUUUAUCGAAGGGAAAAAGUUGAGCGAUGUCUGGUUUGACAAGACCUCGCCAAAAGACGUUGUUCAUGCGCGGCGUACCCGAUCCUUGCAGGACAUUGCUGCUUCCAUGAUUCAACUCGACAAAUACUCCUUUGACAAAGGAGGAUCGUUGGUCUUCGACAAGCAAGAUCAGCUCUCUGAUAUUGGCUCCAUGCAUUUCACGGAUAGUGCUGCUAUGUUAAAACGUCUGAUAAAUAACGAUCCAAACGAGUCGCCUAUCUACAUUGAAGCAGGACCCUUCUCGGACCCGAAGGCGUAUUACACAUGUCGUCUAGAUAACCGCGGAGAGCAAGGAACAACCUUUGAAACUGGCGAGCUUCACCUUCUCCGGAUGUUCUUUGACUCGAUGGAAGAGCCCUGCGAUGGACGAAAGCCAUUUGUCCUUGAACAUCCAGACUUCGAUAUUCAAAACUUCAUCGUUUCCGAAGAAGGGGAGCUGCUAGGGAUCAUUGACUGGGAUGGGGUGUGCCCCGUGCCCCGGACUGUGGGAAAUGAGAGAUACCCUGGCUGGCUGACUCGCGAUUGGGACCCGACGGUAUAUGUGUGGAACGAGGAUAUGGAGCAUGGGAUUAAGCCCGACGGUAUCGUCUGGGAAGACUCGCCUGAUUCACUGAAACUCUACCGAUCUGUGUAUGCUUCGGCUAUGAGGACUCACCAGCAUAAUGAGGCAGGAACUACCACUGCUACACUCACCACCAACUCGCUCAUCUACGAGAACUUGCUUAUUGCUGCAGGUGAGCCGCUCUCUAUGAAUGAAAUCGUUUUGAAAGUUUUCAAAGAGAUUGCUGCACUCGUGCAAGAAGAUUUGCAGCAACAAGCGGAACAGAAUAAUGAAAGCGAAAAUGAAGAGGACUUCGACGUCUUCUCGGUUCUCGAAGCACUUGGUGAAAAUCGACUGAGCGAGAAUUACCGAAAGGUUUUGAUGCGUGGUAUUCAAAAGCUUGUCGAGGGCAGUGCUGAAUUAUAG